AUGAUUAAAUUAGUGAAUUUGGUGGCAUUAUUGGUGACCUUGAUAGUCCAAGUCCAAGGUUUCUAUUUUUACACUUCUUCCAACGAACGUAAGUGUUUUCAUAAGGAAUUGACAAAGGGUAAUUUAUUACAAGGCCAAUACAAAUUAUCAGCACAACAGAACGAUGUCAGUAUCACAAUUGACAUCGAAGAAGUCUUUGACAACAACCAUCGUGUUAUGCAUCAAAAGAUGGGCUCAUUGAAUGGUGAAUUCGCAUACAAUGCCCUUGAUUCAGGUGAACAUAAAAUUUGUUUCCAAACUUCCUCUAGUUCAUGGAUAAAUAAAGAGAAGAAUAUCAAAUUUGAAAUUGAUAUGGAAAUUGGUGAUGAUCUUGAUUUAGAUUCUAAGAAGACUGCCACUAUAAAAAGUUUACAGAACAAAGUUUUUCUUCUAACUGCUAAAACUUUACAGAUUAAAAAUGAACAAAGAUUAAUGAGAGAUAGAGAAGCCAUGUUUAGAGAUCUUUCUGAAAGCUGUAACUCAAGAGCCAUGUGGUGGACUGUUCUCCAAAUCGUGGUCUUAGGCGCUACUUGUUUCUGGCAAAUUAAGCAUUUAUCAACAUUUUUUGUCAAACAAAAAGUCUUAUAG